UCCUUCAAAACAAAAAGAAAAUUUUAAUCGGUAGAUAAGUUUGAUUCAUUGGCGUCCCUGGUUUUAAUUUCUGUUUGGUGAAACUAGUCCUGGCAAAGUUUGAAGCACAAGUGUAAACCCAAAUUUAAAAAAACCUCAAAUCAUGUAAAUUUCGUCUCUUCAAAUUUAUCUCCCUCCUACAAAAAAACAAAAAAAAAAGAAGUAUUUUCUUCAAAACAAAAUACAAAAAAUACCCGAAAAGAUUAGGAUGUCUCCGCCGGAGGCUGAAAUGGGUGCGGUGGCGGUGACGGCUCCGCCGACGCCAGGAACGCCGGGAGGACCGUUGAUCACGGGGAUGAGAGUUGAUUCAAUGUCGUUCGAUCAUCGGAAACCGAUACCUCCAUGCAAAUGCUUGCCGGUGAUGGGAAACCGUUGGGGUCAACACGACACGUGCUUCGCCGAUUUUCCCUCUCCUGGUGUCUCCCUUACUCGCAAGCUUGGAGCUGAGUUCGUCGGAACAUUCAUCUUGAUAUUCACCGCGACAGCCGGUCCAAUCGUGAACCAGAAAUACGACGGAGCUGAAACCCUUAUCGGCAACGCGGCAUGCGCAGGACUCGCAGUGAUGAUCAUAAUUCUCUCAACCGGUCACAUAUCAGGGGCUCACUUAAAUCCAUCACUGACUAUAGCAUUCGCAGCUCUAAGACACUUUCCUUGGGCCCACGUACCUGCUUACAUAGCAGCGCAAGUCUCAGCUUCCGUAUGCGCUUCAUUCGCACUCAAAGCAGUUUUCCAUCCUUUCAUGUCGGGAGGUGUGACUGUUCCGUCUGUUAGUGUUGGACAAGCCUUUGCUCUUGAGUUUAUCAUAAGUUUCAUUCUCCUCUUUGUUGUUACUGCCGUUGCCACCGACACUCGUGCCGUUGGAGAAUUGGCCGGUAUAGCUGUUGGAGCCACUGUCAUGCUCAACAUUCUUGUCGCAGGGCCAUCGACUGGUGCAUCUAUGAAUCCCGUUAGGACUCUAGGGCCAGCCCUUGCAUCAGGAAACUAUAGGUUACUUUGGGUUUAUCUGGUAGCUCCUACACUUGGUGCUAUAUCUGGAGCAGCCGUCUACACAGGUGUCAAGCUUAACGAUAACGUGACUGACCCGCCACGUCAGGUUAGAAGCUUCCGUCGUUAAGUGAGAGACUUGUCCAGAAGUCUUCUGCUUGUUACUGUUACUGUAUAAUUUAAUAAUAAUGUAAUGUUAUGAAAAGCUUUGGAAGCUUUUGUGAAGAAUAAAAGGCGAUGUGACUACAAGUCCACGCUCUAUGUGUGCAUAGCAUCGGUUUAUAAAUCCGAUGCGACCUCGUCUCGUCAUUGUCACAUUGUGUCUUGUGUGAUAUACACUUCGUUUGGUGUGGGUUUCUUUGUUGAUUUGAUGUUGCAACCUCGGUGACAAGGCUGUUUUAUUAAUAAAUUAUGUUGUGUAAAUUA